AUGUCGACUUCGUUGGUUGGCAACAUCACCACAAACAAUGAUCGGACCCGCAGAAUGUCUGGAGCUUCUCCGCAAUCUCCAGUCGAUGACUAUCCUCACUUGGACAGAUCCAUGCUGCAAAGCGGCGGCGGCGCAGUAGUGGAGGACGGCCAGGAUGAGAACAGGGAAAUCCAAAGACUUGCUCGUCAAUAUUCCCGCGCCUCAACUUCAGAAGAAGGUUUUCAUCCUUUCGAGGCUGCAGGAGCCGACUCCGAGGUCGAUCCAAAUUCGGACAACUUCAAUGGUAGAGCCUGGACCAAAGCCAUGCUGCGGCUGCAGAAGCAGUCGGGCCAGGAUAAUGUGGGACGAAAAGCAGGCUUCGCCUUUCGAAAUCUUUCCGCUUUCGGAUACACCAAGGGAAGCGACUUCCAGAAGACCGUCGACAACUAUCUUUUGGCCGCCGUGGAUGUUGUGAGAGGCUUCCUUGGCAACAAAGGACGUCGCGUCGAUAUCUUGCGAAAUUUUGAGGGUGUUGUGCAACCGGGAGAAAUGCUAGUGGUCCUCGGACCUCCUGGAUCGGGCUGUUCGACCUUUUUGAAAACAGUCGCCGGUGAAACGCACGGCUUUAACCUGGGUGAGAAUUCUUACAUUAAUUAUCAAGGCAUCAGUUUCGAACAAAUGCACCAGGAUUUCCGAGGUGAAGCUAUCUACACGGCCGAACAGGACAUUCAUUUUCCCCAACUGAUGGUGGGAGACACCCUCCUCUUCGCCUCACGAGCAAGGACACCACAAAAUCUCAAAUUGCCUCACGGUAUCACCAAACAGAUGUACGCCACACAUUUGCGUGAUGUGGUCAUGGCCACGUUUGGCAUUAGACACACCAUCAACACCAAAGUCGGAAAUGACUUCGUCCGCGGUGCGAGCGGUGGUGAAAGAAAGCGAGUCUCGAUCGCGGAAGCCGCCCUCAGUAAUGCGCCGCUGCAGUGUUGGGAUAAUAGCACCCGAGGGCUUGAUUCAGCCAACGCAAUUGAGUUCUGCAGAACCCUUCGGACUUCCACGGAUCUGAACGAGACUACCGCAGCGGUCGCCAUCUAUCAAGCACCACAAUCUGCCUACGACUUUUUCGACAAGGUUAUCGUACUGUAUCAGGGACGCCAAAUCUUCUUUGGCCGGACCACCGAAGCCCAGCGCUACUUUGAAAACAUGGGAUUUGAAUGUGCCAAACGCCAGACGGUGCCUGACUUCCUCACGUCGAUGACCAACCCCAUUGAACGUAUCGUCAAGAAAGGCUACGAAUCACAAGUCCCUCGCACUCCAGAUGAGUUUGUGGAACGGUGGGAGAAAAGUGAAGAGCGCCAAAGAAUGUUGCAGGAGCUUGAGAAGUUUGAGACCACUAAUCCCAUCGGCGGAGCCAACCUUCAAGCUUUCCUACAGUCUCGUCGCAUCCAACAAUCAAAAGCCCAACGCAAGUCGUCUCCCUACACUUUAUCCUACGGAGAUCAAAUUUUAUUGUGCCUGUGGCGAAGCUACAAGAGAUUGAUGGAUGAUCCCUCUAUCACGGCCACUCAACUGUUCGGCAAUUGUGUCAACGCCCUUGUGGUAUCUUCACUUUUCUACAAUUUACCAGGAAAUAGCGAUUCGCUACGAGCUCGGAGCUCGCUCAUUUUCUUUGCCGUCCUACUCAAUGCAUUCGGCAGCGCCCUGGAGAUCUUGACGCUGUACGCACAACGACCGAUCGUCGAGAAGCACACGCGCUACGCACUCUAUCAUCCUUCUGCAGAGGCGUUUGCGUCCAUGCUAAUGGAUAUACCGGCCAAGACUCUGAAUGCCAUAGGAUUUAACCUCAUUCUCUACUUUAUGACCAAUCUACGGCGAACACCGGGUGCUUUUUUCUUCUUCUUGUUCACAUCUUACGUCCUCACGCUCACCAUGAGCAUGCUGUUUCGAGUGAUCGCAUCAGUUUCGCGGACCCUGAUCCAAGCCUUGGUUCCGACAGCUGUCCUAAUGAUUGCCAUUGUUGUUUAUACGGGCUUUGUGAUACCUGUCGAUUACAUGCUUGGCUGGGCGUCGUGGAUUAGAUGGCUUAAUCCCACCGCCUAUGGCUUUGAGAGUCUUAUGGUCAACGAGUUCCACAACCAGCGGUACGAUUGUUCAACUUUUAUCCCCCCGGCACCCCAAUUCGGGGACGGGACAACACUAUCGCAAACUUGUACCGUGGUUGGUUCUGUUGCUGGCGAAACCACUGUCGAUGGGGAUGCCUAUAUCAACUCCUCCUACAAAUAUUAUGCCGCACACAAGUGGAGAAAUAUAGGGAUUCUCUUCGUUUUUAUGAUCGGGCUUCUUGUCAUGUACCUAGCCGCCACCGAGACGGUCUCAGCCAAAAAGUCCAAGGGCGAGAUUUUGUUGUUCCGCAGAGGCUACAAACCAAAAUUCUUGAAAGAGAAAACGGACGAUACCGAAUCUGGAAUAUCUGAUCAAGCUGUCGCCCUCGAGAGAAAACAGACAAAAGAUGAGGAGUUGGCUCGGCAGGUUAGUGCUGUGAUUCAGAAACAGACAGCCAUCUUCCAAUGGAAGAAUGUCUGUUACGAUAUCAAGAUCAAGGGCCAGCCUCGCCGAAUUCUCGACCAUGUCGAUGGGUGGGUGAAGCCUGGAACAAUGACUGCGCUUAUGGCAUGCUUAAUCCUAUCACGAUCUGAAGGCGUUUCUGGUGCCGGUAAGACUACUCUACUUGACUGUCUGGCCACGCGAGUGACCAUGGGUGUUAUCACCGGCGAGAUGCUGGUCGACGGAAAGAAACGAGAUGGGUCCUUCCAAAGAAAAACUGGUUAUGUACAGCAACAAGAUUUACAUCUUGAAACGACGACUGUGAGAGAGGCAUUACGCUUUAGUGCUUUGUUGAGACAGCCGAGAGACACACCUCGAGCAGAAAAGAUUGCAUAUGUUGAAGAGGUCAUUAGGCUGUUGGAUAUGCAAGAAUAUGCCGACGCAGUGGUCGGUGUUCCUGGAGAAGGUCUUAAUGUGGAGCAACGAAAACGCUUAACUAUUGGUGUCGAGCUUGCUGCGAAACCACAGCUACUCCUGUUUCUCGACGAACCCACUUCUGGGCUCGACUCCCAAACUUCCUGGUCUAUUCUGAACCUUCUGGAAAAGCUCACAAAUGCUGGCCAGGCGAUUCUUUGCACUAUUCAUCAACCAUCGGCAAUCCUAUUUCAGAGAUUUGACCGGCUACUCUUCCUCGCGGAAGGUGGCAAAACAGUGUACUUCGGCCCCGUGGGCAAAGACUCGAACAUAUUGAUCGACUAUUUCCAAAGAAACGGGGCCCCACAAUGCCCUCCUGGUGCAAACCCAGCUGAAUAUAUGCUCGAAGCAAUUGGAGCCGCUCCUGGGUCCCAUUCGGAUAUUGACUGGUUUCAAGUCUGGCGGAACUCGCCAGAAUAUCACCAGGUACACCGGGAACUGGAAGAGAUGAAGAUGGAAAGAUCCCAGAUAGAGUCGCCAGUCACCACCAGCAAGGCCGACUAUUACGAAUUUGCCGCGCCUUUUAUCGUCCAAUUUUACGAAACACAAAUGCGAAUCCUUCAACAGUAUUGGCGAACACCGGUGUACAUCUACUCCAAACUACUGUUGUGCUGUCUAACGGGUCUUUUUAUCGGGUUCUCGCUUUUCAAAGCGCCGAACACACAGCAGGGUCUCAACAACCAACUCUUUGGCAUCUUCAUGCUCCUUGUCCUCUUUUCACAACUCGUUCAACAGAUCAUGCCCCUUUUUGUCACUCAGCGUAGCCUUUACGAGGCCCGAGAACGUCCCUCGAAGACCUACUCCUGGAAAGCGUUUAUGCUAUCGAAUAUCCUCGUGGAGUUUCCCUGGGCAACCCUAAGUGCAGUAGUAUUGUUCUUCUGCUGGUAUUACCCUAUCGGUCUUUAUCAAAAUGCCACCUACACCGACGCAGUGUCUUCGCGCGGAGCACUGGAAUUCCUGUUCGUGUGGGAAUUCAUCCUGUUUAGCAGUACGUUUGCCCAUAUGAUAAUCGCAGGUAUUGCGACGGCUGAAGCAGCGGGAAAUCUUGCCAACGUCCUAUUUUCUCUCUGCUUGCUAUUCAAUGGUGUCUUGGUAGGACCAAACGCUAUGCCUGGCUUCUGGAUUUUUAUGUACCGGGUCUCACCGUUCACCUAUCUUGUGGAAGGACUACUUGGCAACGGUGUGGCCCACGCGCCUGUCACGUGUGCUGACAAUGAAUUCUUACGCUUUAACGCGCCGGCAGGAUCGACAUGUGGCGAAUACCUUCAGCCGUACAUCUCAGCGGCUGGUGGGUAUCUGGUUAAUGCGAAUGCUACGAACUGUGAGUUCUGCUCACUGGAUAGCACGAACACCUUUUUGUCGUCAGCGAACAUCUCAUUUUCACACAGAUGGAGAGAUUUUGGAAUUUUAUUCGUCUACAUUGGUUUCAACAUUUUUGCCGCCGUGGCAAUUUACUGGCUGGCAAGGAUGCCGAAAGGGAAGAAGUAUCAAGGAAAGGAAGGUGAUGGAGCCCUUGCGUUGGUAAAGACAGAGAGUCGCGCAGACGGCAUGGAGCAGCAUGUUCAUGAUGAUCCGGAGAAAGGAGGGGUGUUAGUAGAUUCCGAAAAAGAUCGAGCUGUUGAAGAUUCGGACCAGGAGGAGAAUCAUGGCAAUGGAGUAAAUGAAGAGAUUUCUGCAAUUGAAAAGAAGGAUGAGGUUGAAGCAACGGCAACGGAGAGACCUGGACCACAGAAAUAA